AUGAUAGUGGUCCUCUAUAAGGGUCCAACAAUUUUAUCUAUUACAACAGAAAAGGAUUGGAUAGACGGUGGCCUAUUACUUACUGUUGGGUACCUUCUAUUCUCAGCCUGGUGUAUCCUUCAGACACAUAUCAUGAAGAUAUACCCGGUUGAGCUAGUUCUGGCCUUCUUAUACAACUUGUGUGGCACAAUAAUAUUGGCACCAGUAUGUUUCUUAGCUGAAAGAAACUUGAGUGCUUGGAGACCACGACCUGUUAUUCCGUUGCUUGCCAUUAUCUACUCGGGAGUAUUUGGUUCAUCCGUCAGCAUUCUAGUUCACAUAUGGGGCCUGCACUUGAAGGAUCCUGUUUAUAUUUUGAGCUUCAAGCCAUUGUCAAUUGCAAUUGCUGCUGCUUUCGGUGUCAUAUUCCUUGGUGAUGUGUUGUUGGAGCUGCAACGCUAUCAAUAG